CCGUCGCUCGGCCCCUUCCUCCGCCGCAGCUCCUCAAAGGGCGGUCCCGGGGACGGGACCCUCCGCCUGCUCCCUUUCCCCCGGCCUGGAGCCGCCCUGGUCGCUCCGGCUGCCGCCGCCGGCGGCGCUCGCUGCUGCUGCUGCUGUUUUUGCUCCUGCUGCUGCUGCUGUUGUUGUGGGAGCUGUGCGGGGCCGGAGCCACAGUCUCCUCCUCCCUCAGUGCCCGGCCUAGUGCAGUUCUCCAGUGGCUUCCAAUCCGCCCGUACCCCGGAGCUGCCCUCUUCGGGAGGCGGUGGCGGGGAGAGGCCAGCAGAGCAGGGCCGGAAGCCGCUGUUAUGUAACCUCCACUUCUCCUGUCGGGGGUGAGCCGCACCCUGCACCCCCAGUCUUGGUGCAGGCCGGGGCAGUGCCCGGGGCUGGAAAGGGAGAUGUGGAAGCUUCCCUAGGCCGGGCAGUGAAGUAUUCGUGCGGGGCAGGUGGCUGCCACUGACAUUGCACAUCUCCGGGGAGGCAGUGGAAAUAAAGGGUACAGCAACCACCACAGCGCAGUUGGGGGGGGGGGUCUGACCUGCCAUGGGCAUCCUGCCCCGGGGGUUUGACAUGGCACUAAUCUUCGAUGCUUUGGGGGUGGUUUAGGUGAUCACCCUUUUUCACUACGGAACGUCCUGCUGCUUGGGAAGAUAGUUUCUUAACCAGGAUAAAUAAAGCAUUGUUUUUCACUCUCCUUUUGUCCAUAGCAACAGGAUAGUGAAAGUGACAAAGGCAAGGUCUAUAUUGUUGUUUCUCUUGUGUAUGUCAUCUAGUAAUUUAGCAACCUCUCAAUAUGGACCCAAGGUAGUGCAUUGCUUUGUGCAGUGCUUUUUUCUGGGGGGUACGCAGGGGUACACAUACCCCUAAACAUUUUGUGAAUCUAAGUUUGGCCUCAUUGAGGGGCAGUAUUUCAAUAUAGUAGGAAAAUGAAAGUAGCCCUAAACAUUUUCUUCAGGAAAAAAAAGUGCUGGUUUUGUGGCCGAUCACUUGGCAGGGUUGAAUAUGCUUCCUAGAGUUUGCUUGCUAUGUAUGUUGCACCAUGGAAAAUUGUGGCAUGGUAUAUUGAGAAGUUCCAUGUAUGUGGGGGAGGGGACAUUCAGGUUGUCCAGGGAAGCAAAAACAAGUAUAUAUCUUCAUGAGGAAGCAUUUUCGUUGAAUCUGGGAGAUGUUUCUCAGCUCAAAAGUGUAAAGCAGGUAAACUGCUCCAAGAGUUCUACUAUAGGGUAGGGUGCCAAUGUAAGCAAAUAAAAAAAGAGUAAGCACUGGAUAUAGAAGAAUGGUGGCUCAUAUUCUCAACAUAAAAGUAAUGCAUGUUCUCUGAUGCAUUUAUUAUAUGAAGGAUUGGGAGCUGCCACAAAAAUUCACCCUGAGACAGGUCAAGAUUCACUUGACCUUUUGUUGUGUUUAUGUAAAAAGGUAAUCAGAGUAUUAACAGGAGGUGUUAAUGUGCUGUGGAUGUCACUGUUAACUUCUUUCUAAGGAAUAGGAACACUUCGGUGACUUACAUAUAGAGUUCUGUGUUGAAUUGGUGGAAAUUAAUGCAGGUUUGCAUGUACACUGAAAAUAACUGUGUAUAUGAAAACAAGAAAAUGAAUACAAAACAUGAAAUCUUACUGCAUAUGGACUCAUUUAGUAGUUAUGCAGGUGGUGGCCAAAGAUCUGUUCAAAUGUGCGGGAAAUAAUGCAAGGCAAUAUACACACUAUACACUCAAGUUCACAACUGUGUUGAUAUUGCAAAAGCUGAAGCUUAAAGAAAAACUGAAUUAUAUAAAAUUGCAUUUAUGGACAAACUAUCAAUGGCUUUGAAGGGUGUUGUGAAUAUAGGUUAUAAUAAUCAAAGGUAUUUGUCUAAUGUGCUAUAUAGUAGAUUAAGCAAAGAAUUAAAUCAUUAUGUGGGGAAACUGUACAAUAUUAAUAAAUUUAUUUUGAGCUGUACAGUAUUUGUACAUUUGAAAGUACAUUUGAAAGUAAGUAAGUUUGGUUACAGUUUACUAUGAUUGGUAAAAAUUACUAGAUUUACUCAAUGUUGUAAAGGUAAAGGUACCCCUGACCAUUAGGUCCAGUUGUGGACGACUCUGGGGUUGCGACGCUCAUCUCGCUCUAUAGGCCAAGGGAGCCGGCGUUUGUCCACAGACAGCUUCCGGGUCAUGUGGCCAGCAUAACUAAGCCGCUUCUGGUGAACCAGAGCAGUGCACGGAAACACUGUUUACCUUCCCGCCGGAGCGGUACCUAUUUAUCUACUUGCACUUUGACGUGCUUUCGAACUGCUAGGUUGACAGGAGCAGGGACCGAGCUACAUGAGUUCAUGCCAUUGCAGGGAUUUGAAUCGCCAACCUUCUGAUCGACAAACCCUAGGCUCUGUGGUUUAGACCACAGCGCCACCCGCGUCCCUACUCAGUGUAUUAGGUGAUAUCAAUUGUUAGUCAUUCUCAGUAGGUCCAUUGGUUCCACAUGACAAACUGUAAGGGUCAUUUUGAAAGGUAUUUUCUAGUCUGAUAUGAUUUGGGAGCUAUCAUUUGGGGGCUAUCCUCUUCAUAGGGUGAGACUAAUGAGUGUGAAUGCACAAUGUUUAUAUACAAGUGUUUUGUACUGGGAGAUGCAUAUAUGAAAAUGACCUGUAUGAGAAUUCUUUAAUGAGAACAUGCAAGGCAUUUGUUUGUAUGUUUAAUAUUGAAUCAGGUACCUAUUAUUUGCACUAUCACUAUUCUAUCUACAUAUUAACUUGCAUGAUCCCAAGUAUAAACAUGUGCAUCAAGCAGAAUGCAUCGACACCAUGUCAGAGAUGACCACUCACUAAGGAAUUGCACGGUGCAUCUAUAUACCAAAUAUCUUGAGAAACUCACCCAAGCCAGGUGUUAAAGGAAGGCAAUUACAACUAGUUGUCUACUCUGACAUAGAAGAAAUUUCCUCCCCACUCCAAGCAUGAUAAUCAGAAAACUCAAGAUACAUCUACAUUAGCACAUGCAACCACCUUCCAAACAUGUGAUUAAGAAGUUAUGAACAUGUAUUUAGAUCAUUGGCCUUCAACUGGUAGGCUAGGACCCACUACCAGGUUGCAGCUUGGUUUAAGUUAGGUCAAAACAGCAGCACUACCACCAUUCAAAUAUAUGGGGGAAAUUAAGAACUGGGUUUCCAAAUGCAUGUUUGGGUUAACAUUGGUCCUUGGUCUGAAAAAGUAGAAGACUACUGAUUUAGAUAACACAGUUAUCUAAAUAACUGUUGCUUGUCAACCUAUUGCACAAAUCAUUUGGCAGUAUGGAAUUGAACAACAUAAUGCUUUAUCUUUUUUUUAAAUGCAGGUUUCUGCUCAGGAAACUGAUUUUUUUUUAUAUAAGGACACAUGGGUCCAGUCCAGAUAUCCCCCAAAGCGCAUUCUGAAGGACACAGCCACCUGGAGGAAGUUCAUCAGCAAAAGCUCUGGUUAGUUUGAAAGAGGGAAGUUUAUCAAAUACAUGGAAUGAAAAAUUCAGUUCCUUGCAGAAAACACCCAUUUGGAAAGGCAAGAAUGCAGGAGCUACUGUAGAAAUGCCCUUCAGAAGUUCAAAACGAAGUCGGUCCUUUUGUGAGGAAGAGGAAAGGCAAAUGAAUACACGAUCACCCAAAAGAAAUCAGAGAGUUGCAAUGGUUCCCCAGAAGUUUACUGCAACAAUGCCAACACCAGACAAAAAGGCAUCACAGAAGAUUGGUUUGCGGCUACGUAACUUACUCAAACUUCCUAAAGCACACAAAUGGUGUAUUUAUGAGUGGUUCUACUCAAAUAUAGAUAAGCCACUCUUUGAAGGUGAUAAUGAUUUCUGUGUUUGCCUGAAAGAAUCUUUUCCCAAUCUGAAAACCAGAAAAUUAACAAGAGUUGAAUGGGGAAAGAUCAGACGGUUAAUGGGGAAGCCACGAAGAUGCUCUUCUGCAUUCUUUGAAGAGGAAAGGUCCGCAUUAAAACAGAAACGGCAAAAAAUUAGACUUUUGCAACAGCGGAAGGUGGCAGAUAUAUCCCAAUUUAAAGAUCUUCCAGAAGAAAUUCCGUUGCCACUAGUUAUAGGAACAAAAGUUACAGCACGAUUACGUGGUGCUCAUGAUGGACUCUUCACUGGACAGAUAGAUGCUGUCGACACUCUUAAUGCUACUUACAGAGUAACCUUUGAGAGGUCAGGGCUUGGAACGCAUACAAUCCCAGAUUAUGAAGUUCUCAGUAAUGAACCUCAUGAAACCAUGCCAAUUGCUGCCUUUGGACAAAAACAGCGACCUUCUAGAUUCUUUAUGACUCCUCCUCGGUUACAUUACACACCUUCCCUCCAGUCACCAAUUACAGACAGUGAUCCUUUACUAGGACAGUCUUCUUGGAAGAACAAAUUUUCAGGCUCAGAUAGUGAGACAUUAGGUGGUUUUCCAGUAGAAUUCCUUAUCCAAGUGACCAGAUUAUCAAAGAUUCUUAUGAUCAAGAAGGAACACAUCAAGCAAUUAAGGGAGAUGAACACAGAAGCAGAAAAAUUGAAAUCCUACUCAAUGCCUAUUGGCAUUGAAUUUCAGAGAAGAUACGCAACUAUUGUCUUAGAUCUUGAACAGCUGAACAAGGAUCUAAACAAAGUUUUACAUAAAGUUCAACAGUAUUGUUAUGAGCUUGCCCCAGAUCAGGGUCUACAGCCUGCAGACCAUCCCACAGACCUGAGACGGAGAUGUGAAGAAGAAGCUCAGGAAAUUGUCAGACAGUCAAAUACAUCAACAACAGGACAGCCGUGUGUUCAGAAUGAAAACCUGACAGAUUUGAUUGCUAGGCUUACAGCAAUAUUAUUGCAGAUUAAGUGUCUAGCAGAAGGAGGGGAUCUAAACUCCUUUGAGUUUAAGUCGUUAACAGAUUCAUUAAACGACAUCAAGAAUUCCAUAGAUUCCACCAACAUCAGCUGUUUUCAAAAUAAUGUUGAGAUCCACGUUGCACACAUCCAGAGUGGCCUCAGCCAGAUGGGAAAUCUACAUGCCUUUGCUGCAAAUAACACCAACAGAGACUGAGAGAAACGUUCCCCUUAGUCCAAGUGUACAGAAUGUAGUUAUGAAAAAGCCUUCUUAUAUAAGCUUCACCAAAUAUCCUAACUGCUAGAAGAAAUAGGAAAAGAGAAGGAUAUUUUGAGAUCCAUUGUACUGCUUCUGAAGAAACCAGCAUAAAAUUACCAGCAUUGCUAUAGACUUCCUGACUUGCUAUGCACAUACAGUAUCUUGUUUAACAGCUAACCUUUAGUUAUAAAAGUACAUAGGUAUGUUGUUUUUGAACUGAAAGUUAUACAGACAUGUUUUCUUAUAAUGUGAAGCAAGAAUACUUUUAAACUUAAUUUGAGAGCUGUUUUGAAGAAGGAAGUGACACUGAGAGGUUGCAUAGCAAUCUCUUCUUGAAAGCCUAGUAUUAGUGUCUCACUGCCUUUUGAUUUUAGUUUCUGAAGAGUGCUGUGAUUGGUAAAAAGCAGUGUGUAUUCCUGUUCUCGUGAUGUGGCAGCAGGAUAUGCAAAGGAAUGUGAGUGGGUAGGUAGCUAUUGUACACUUGUGGAUACUGGGAAUCCCUGUAAAUCAGUUAAUAUCGUUCGAAUGUCUUUAUUUAUCAUAACUUAUAAAAGUAAUCUAAUGAAGGAGUAGAAAAGGACUGCUGAAUUCCCAGAAAUUGAUAUGACUUGCUUUUCCCCCUCCAUAAUGGGCAAAGUGUUCUAGUUAAGAUAUUUCACACAAAUAACUGGUAAUAUUUUUCCAUUGAUUUGUUUGCACAAACUUAAACUAGAUACCUGCUUAUCAAGCAAUUAACAGAGUUCACGAUGCAGUUGGAAAGCCAGUCCCCUGAACUGCCUAAAAAAAAAAGCAAAGAUCUGAGCAGUAAACAGAAAUAUCAAUCUUGUAAAAAGGGUGUAUUGAGUUAUUUAGAAUAGACUUGUAAAGCUUCAGUGUAAUAAAUUGUUUCCAGAUUUGAAUUUUUAGAUAGCUGUAGCAAUGUUUUGAUUCUUUCAUGCCUCAUAAAAUGAGGUCUUUUGUAUGUUAAUGUAAAAAGAAAAUGUAAACAAUUUUCAAUUUAAAAUUUUGUAUAGUUUUAAAAAUGCUUCUGUAUUCUGUGUGUGUAUUUGUGCUGCUUUAAAACUUAACUGCAGAGUCUAUAUUUAGCAAAACCUGUUCUUUUAAGAAAUGCAUAAAUCUUUUAUUCUCAUUGAGUUAUGUAAGUUGUAAUGUUUUACAAAAAUUGCGAAACGUGAGCAUUAGGCCUGAAAUAGUUUUUAAACGUUUAGUUAAUAUAUUUUCAGAAAUGCAUUUUUGCCUGGUGAUUUGGAAGGUGUGUGCACAGGUGAAUGUUUAGAUGGACUUUGAACUUCAUCCAAUUUGUGGGGGGAUCAAAGGCUCCCCUGGUGUAUUUUUCUCUGCAAUUUAUAUAUUUAUUUCAUAGAUUGUAAAACAGCAGCAGCCACAUAGACCUAGUACAAUGUCACCAAUUUCAGUCAGUUACCACAUAACAGUUUAUGGAAACAAAACCAUUGGUGGCAUAAAAUAACCGUAAAAUUGAAUUUUGUUAUUGGGGUAUGUGUUUGCCUGAGCCAAUGUUAGUGGAUAGAACAGUAGUAAAACGCCUCUUCAUUUUUUCAUAGACAAUGGGGUCAGGAAAAGAUCAAUGUGUAUGUGGUUUCUUUCCAAGGUUCAGCUCCUCUCACAAAGAGGAACAAUUUGUAUUUUUGUACAAUCCUAUGGAAAUCCCAGGACCCGACCCCUUACUUGGUUGCGAAAUAACCACUUUGAUUUUAUAGGAUUUGUGCUUUUAUUCUUCAUUUGCUACGAUAAUUCCUGCUCUCGAGGUCUAUGUUGUGUAUAUUUCUCAAAGGUACCUCAGUAUACAAUCUUGAGUAAUAUUCACAAUAGAAUUUCUUCACUGUGUCUUUCUCCCACGUCAACUCCAGGCAAACCAAACUGUAACAUAACCACCACCAGUGGUGCUAUUAACUGGAAUUGGUUUGAGCUGCUUAAAUCAGCUUUCACUAACCUGGUGCCCUUGUUUUGGACUGCAACUCCCAUCAUCCUGCCAGCCUCUGCAUCCCCUUUUAACGGUGACAGCCUGAAACAACCCCUUUGUUUUUCAGUUACACAACACUAAAGGACUAAAUGUCAUGGGGGGGGGGGAGCGAAGAAGUAAGAAUUCAAAGUGUACCAGCUAGACAGAAUUAUUUUAUUAUUUAUCUUAAAUAUUUAUAAACCACACUUUGCUAUAAAAUAUUACAAGCCUAAAAUCACAGUGUUACAAGAAAAAUAUCCAACACAUCAAGUUUGAAAGACCUGUCUGAAUAUAGUUUUUACAAUAUUUUUGAAAAGCAAGCAAGGACAAAUCAUGCCAAAGCUCCCUUGAGGAGGGGGAUGAACUGCCACGCUGAAGUCCCAACCCUUGCUAAACCUCUGAAGCAUCUAGGUCCACUAAAUUUGCCCCAGGAGAGUAGAUAGAAGAACUCCAAAGCAGCUUCUCUAAUCUAAAGAAGCUUUAUUGUACAGCCAAGAACAUAAAUCAGUCCGGGUCAUGAAGAAAUCUUCACCCCUUCAUCUCAAAAAACAUAAGUGAUAGAGUCACACAGAACAAAGCGCAAGUCCGGAUGGGACUGCCCCCAGUGUCAGGACGCACUUCCUCAGAGCUAUUAACCCUAUAAGCUCUGGUUCUCUCCACACAGAGGGGCAUAAGCAGAACAUAAGGAAUCAGAUACUCCUUAAAGUAAGUUUAUCCCCAAUUGGUUAGGGAUCUAUGAAGUAACACUUGAACCAGGCCCAGUAGCAAAUUAUUAAGCAAGCAAUGUACCCCCUCACAGCAGUGGAGGCAAGUUAAGCCAUCCUAUCACCCAGCAAAAACAGUUCAGUCUCUUCUGAAAGCUUGGAACCCUAUGAAGUGGUGACAGGCUUCAUCUUGUGUGGUGGCUACAUGCUGCAGCUUGGAAUCUCUGGAGCAGGUGGAAAUUGGGCGGGGGGGGCAAUUCUGGGCAUUGGGCCUC